AUGGCGGUAAUUGUGAUUGUAAAUUUGAACGCCGUUUUAAACACUGUAAUUAAUACCUUUUGGAAUUUGAACUAUGAAAAUUUUGAAAAUGUCUAUCCAAAUAUAAUUUCAUUAAAUAUAACCCAGAAUGAAGAAUUUCCUAAUAUUUUAAAAAGUAGUUUGAAAUUACCUAGAACUUUUGUUGAUGUAAGAAACUUGGAUGAAAAUGUACACAUCACUGGUGCAUUAUCAAAGCAUUCCCUUUCUCAAAAUAUAUUUGUUAAAAAAGAAAAUAAACAUAAAAGAAUAUCACAUAAAAGAAAACAAGAACUUACUUUUUUAAAUAUAUGGCAUGAUUUGCCUAAUUGGAAUGUUCCUUCCUUUGCUGAUGACAAGAAAGAAAUGUUAGGUGAAAACAUCUUCCAUACAUCAACAAAAUUAGAAGCUUCCACACAAAGAAAGAAGUUAAAACAAUGUACUAAAAACCAGAGUAAAAAGCAAGGAAUAUCUGUUCUUAGAAACGAACAAAAAGAAAAUCCAUUAUUACCAGUGACUUACAAUGUAUCAACAGACUUUAGUUCUGAAUGUCAGGCUCUUUCUUCUUUACAAGAUAUUGAAUCUAAACACUUUCAAGAUUCAAUUGAUUUCUCAAGUAAUGAAAUAUUUAAUAAGUUUAAUUAUGAAUUUUAUGACAACAUCAGUUUAGAUAGUUUAAGAUGGCACAUAACAGAUUCUGAUGAAACUUGUACUUCUUUAAGUACAACAUGUGAUAAUGACAUUUAUGAAAAGGCAUAUGAUAUAAAUGCUAAUGAAAUUGAUAUAUUUGAUACAACAGUAUAUCAGCCUUUCAUGCAGAAUAAACUGAAUAAGGAGAAUAUUUCAAUAAACCAAUCUUUAAUGUUCUCAGAAUAUCAGGAUGAAGAUACUCUCUCGAAUGAUAAAAAUUUAAAAUGUUCAUCUGGUUCUUGCUGUGCUUAUUGCUUUGGGAAUUGUGCUUCAAAUUGGAUUACAAAUAGUGGAGUUCACACUCUUACAAAAGAUAAACUAUUAGCAGAAAUGCCUAAUGAAAAAUCACAAAUUAAGAUAAAUGAUUUAAAUUUGAAUGUUACAAAGCCAAAGCCCAGUAUAUAUGUAAUUGAUGAUACCUUUAAGAAAUUAAAUAGUGAAAACACAUAUGCCUCAACAAUUGAUACCGAAAAUCUUUUACAAUAUGCAGAUAAUAUUGAUUCACCAUUAGCACAAUUUACAAGUUGUCAGAAUGAAAAAGGUACAGAGACUGAAAUGUACAUAGACACUACAUGUACACAAGAAAAACAAAAGUUCAAUGCAAUCAGUAAUUCUAGCGAAGAAAUAGAUUUCAAUGAUAUUUUAGAUAUGUUUGACGAUCAAAUGGAAAAUUCAUAUGAUACAGAUAUAUCACAAAUUGAAGAAAAUAACGAAUGUGAUACCAAUAAAAAAGUGUUUCAAUGUUUAUCAUGUCCACUAACGUUUUCGAACGCGCGUACAAUGGCAAUGCAUCGGGCGGGAGCACACGGAGGCAUGUACGUAAUACUUUGCGAAGCCUGCGGUAGGCUUUUCAAUCGAAAAUAUCAUUUCAAUAGGCAUGUUAUUGACUGCCGUCAUUCUAAAGAAGUUUUUAAAUGCGACAUAUGCAUGAGAAAGUAUAGACAUAAAUCGUCUUUAGUUCAUCAUUUAAAAAUAGCGCAUCACGAUCAUUACACUCGCAAUGAUUCACCGAAAUUCACUUGUAACGUGUGCAAUAAAGUUUAUAGUAGAUUCGGUUGUUUCGAAAAUCAUAUGAAGAGUCAUAAGAACGCUUGGUAA